ACCAGCUCUUGAUCAUCAUGUCUGAUGGAAACGUCUCCUCUGUGAAGAAUUUUGUAAUCGUGGGAUUUCCUGGGCUUCACUCUCGCUACUAUGGCUUGGUUUCAGCGCUCAUGUUCUUGGUGUACGUGUGCAUUUUGCUGGGGAACGGAACAUUUCUUCUGUUAUUCGCGCGAGAAAAGAGACUGAGAAAACCCAUGUAUUAUAUACUGAUAAAUCUGGCUGUGUGUGAUGUUCUGUUCAGCACCACGACUCUCCCCAAGAUCAUCUCCAGGUAUUGGUUCAGCGAUGGAUACGUCUCGUUCACAGGUUGCUUCGUUCAGAUGUAUUUCGUGCACUUGUUCGGUUUAGUUAAUGGGCUGAUAUUGGCGGUAAUGGCCUUUGAUAGAUAUGUGGCGGUUUGUAAUCCCCUCAGAUACGCUAAUAUUGUUAAAGACUCUACGAUCUUGAUGUUGUGUGUUGUUGCUUGGAUGAUUCCACAGUCGUGUGUGUUAAUGCUGGUCAUCAGGGCGUAUCCUCUUCCCUACUGUGCUGCUAACACCAUUAUCCAGUGCUACUGUGAUCAUGUGGCUAUCACAAAGCUAGCAUGCACUGAUAGAACACCCUAUGGGUUUCCCGGUUUUGUUUUCGCAAUGGUUUUAUUGAUAACCCCAUUAUCUUUUAUUUUAUUUUCUUAUACAUCCAUUAUUAUAGCAGUUCUUCGAAUCUCCACCAAUCAAGAGCGUCUGAAGGCUUUCUCAACCUGCAGCUCUCAGCUCAUCAUAAUCGCCCUCUACUUUUUACCCAGGUGUUUUAAUUAUAUGUACCCAUAUAUUGGUAUCAGCUUCAAUCCUGACAUACAGAUACUGAUUAUUAUGUUGUACAGCCACCUGCCACCCAUGAUCAACCCACUCAUCUACUGUUUAAGAGCGAAGGAAGUGAGAGAAGCUUUAUUCAAGAGUUUAGAGAAAUCAACAUUUCAUUUUAAGAGAAAAAUAAAUGCAGAUGUGUCGACUAUAUGCUGAUGAUUCAUGGAAAUGUAUGUAUGGAAUUAAAUAUAUAUCAAAUCAUGUAAGCUUAAAA